AUGUACACCCGGGCAUUGCUCACUGAAUGGAUAGGGACGGUACCUUACGAUGAGCUUAUUCAGCGGCUGCAGGAGCACUUUGGCGCCAGGGAGCUACCCGUCACUGUGGAGGGGUUCCAUGUUGCCCAUCAGGAAGUAGGCGAGUCCCUAGACGAUCGUCCACUUGCGCAGCGGCUCCAAUGGAUCCCCAAGAGGAUGAGCAAGAAGAAUCGAGGUGGGUUUAAGGCACCCACUCCAGAUGUGCAAGUAGCCCUGCAAAUGAAGAAUGGAGUGUUGAAGUUUCUCCUAGUUCUGAACUACCUUCCAGUGAAUUUCAUCACAUUGCUCUGCUGCAUGCUGUGUCGCAAAGAUGCAAAGGAUGAUGUGCAGGAAAUUUGGAAAUGGAUACGUGGAGAUGACCUACACGCAGAGAAGGCGGUAAAGGUCCUGCCAUCAUUUCAUUAUGUGGUGCUGUUUGUUCGGUUAAUAAUUUGGCUGAUCUCAAUGGUCACUCAAGGUUGUGAAGGAAGCAUGAAUGGACCAGAAAGUAAUGGAGUAAAUGGGCAUGGCCCCGGGCCAAGGGAGAGCUGUGAUGCAGAUACACCACUUAUGGGUAUUGAGGCAAACAGAGACGGAGAGGUUGGAGGAGGUGAAGAAGCUUCUGACAGAGUUAUUGACCUUGGUGUUAUGACGCCAUGUGAGAAAAUCCUUCAGACUGAAAUUGAACAAAAAGCUGACAUAGUGGGCCUGUCCGGUCUGAUCACGCCCUGGCUGGACAAGAUGAUUCGCGUGGCCAGGGAGAUGCAGAGGAUCGGCAUGAAGGUCCCACUGCUGAUUGGGGGAGCCACCACAUCCAGGACCCUUACUGCUGUGAAGAUUUUCCCGCGCUUCGAGAACCCUGUGAUUCAUGUACUGGACGCCUCAAAGAGUGUCGUUGUGGAUGAGAUUGACGCGUACAUGAAAUACGCCAAGAUGAAGGAGUUUGGAGACAAUGUGACCAAGGGUCAGACCGACCCCCAGUACAUGUUCCUGGCCCAGUGGUUGAGUGCCUUGGAUGAUGGAUGGAAGGAGCCGCUCCAGAUGUGGGACAGCAGGCAGCAGGGGCUGUCACAGAAUCUCAACCUGCAGAUGUUCCUGCGUGAUGCCAAGCAGGCCGAGGUCCUGUUGAACCAACAGGAGAACUUCUUGUCCAAGGAAGACGUACCGGUGAGUAAUCACCCAUGCCUGUGUGAGGUCUCCAGCCUAUGAAACAGUGUCUGUAGCCACGUAGGCUUUACCUCUGUGUUCAUUCCUGGUUGAGAACCCAUUUUGCAAUG